AUGUCAUACGUUUUAACCGAAACAUCUGCAGGUUACGCUCUUUUGAAGGCCUCUGACAAGAAGAUCUACAAGUCAACCUCUUUACUGGAUGACUUAAACUCCUCCGACAAGGUCCUAAAGGAGUUCAAGAUUGCUGCAUUCUCUAAGUUCAACUCUGCCGCAAAUGCUUUGGAAGAAGCUAAUUCUAUUAUUGAAGGUAAAGUUUCCCCCCAAUUAGAGAAACUUUUGGAAGAAAUCAAGAAGGACAAGAAGAGCACACUAGUGGUUAGCGAAACUAAACUAGCUAACUCCAUUAACAAACUUGGUUUAAACUUUAACGUUGUCUCCGAUGCCGUCACUUUAGACAUCUACAGAGCUGUCAAGGAAUAUCUACCAGAACUGCUACCUGGAUUAAACGACUCUGAUUUGAACAAAAUGUCCCUUGGUCUAGCUCACUCUAUUGGUCGUCAUAAAUUGAAGUUCUCUGCUGAUAAGGUUGAUGUUAUGAUUAUUCAAGCCAUCGCUCUUUUGGAUGACUUAGACAAAGAAUUGAACACCUACGCUAUGAGAUGUAAAGAAUGGUACGGAUGGCAUUUCCCUGAACUAGCUAAGAUUGUCACUGACUCUGUUGCUUACGCUAGAUUAAUUUUAACAAUGGGUGUUAGAUCUAAGGCUGCCGACACAGACAUGAGCGAAAUCUUGCCAGAAGAAAUUGAAGAACGUGUUAAGACUGCUGCUGAAGUUUCUAUGGGUACUGAAAUUACUGAAGAUGAUUUGGACAACAUUAAGAACUUAGCUGACCAAAUUGUCGACUUUGCUGCAUACAGAGAACAACUUUCCAACUAUUUGGCUGCUAGAAUGAAGGCAAUUGCUCCAAAUUUGACACAAUUAGUUGGUGAGCUAGUUGGUGCUAGAUUAAUUGCUCAUUCUGGUUCUCUAAUAUCUUUGGCUAAGGCUCCAGCCUCCACUAUUCAAAUUCUUGGUGCCGAAAAGGCUUUAUUCAGAGCUUUGAAGACUAAGCAUGAUACUCCAAAGUACGGUCUUUUGUACCACGCCUCUCUGGUUGGUCAAGCUACCGGUAAGAACAAGGGUAAGAUUGCUAGAGUUCUAGCCGCUAAAGCUGCUGUGUCUAUACGUUAUGAUGCUUUGGCUGAAGACAGAGAUGACUCUGGUGAUGUAGGUCUAGAAGCUAGAGCCAAGGUCGAAAACAGAUUAUCACAAGUGGAAGGUAGAGAUCUAAGAACCACUCCAAAGGUUGUUCGUGAAGCUAAGAAGGUCGAGAUGACUGAAGCUAGAGCUUACAACGCUGAUGCUGAUGCUGUUACUGAACCAGCUGCUGAAACUGCUGAUUCCGAUGAUGAAUCUGAAGAUGAAAAGGAAGAAGAAGAAAAGAAGGAAAAGAAGAAGGAAAAGAAGGACAAGAAGAGAAAGAGAGAUGAAGAUGAUGACUCUAAGAAGUCCAAGAAAUCUAAGAAGGAAAAGAAGGAAAAGAAGGAAAAGAAAGAUAAAAAAGACAAAAAGUCCAAGAAAGAAAAGAAAUGA